GAUAUACAAGCUUUUAUAUUAUUACAUUUCAGUACUUCCCUUCUACUCAUUCAUCAUGAAGCUGAAUCUUUUUCUCCUGCGUCUCACUGGUCUUAUCUCAAUCACCCUGCAAUAUGUCCGCCAUGAUUAUUUAUUGAUCAAAACACCUAUGACAUGGGCAAAUGCAAAAACUUACUGCGAGAAAAAAAAUCAAAGUUUAGCUGUGGUGAAGACAGCAGAUGACUGGAACAGGUUGACUGCUGAGGCAGAGAGGCAUGGUCUGGGAGUAACUGGCUGGAUCGGACUGUGCAUCGAGGUAGGCCGCUGGUUCUUCACGGUUUAUUCGCCAGUAACGCCUUUACAAAAUAUAAAUAACUGGGCCCCUGGACAGCCUGAUAAUUUUGGAGGGAAUCAGUCAUGUAUUGCAAUGGAGUCAAAUGGAACCUGGUCAGAUUAUUGCUGCUCAGACCUGAAACCGUUCAUAUGUGCUACCUCUGAAGGGUUUAUUAAUAUCACUUCUCCCGCAUUGGACUGGUCUGGGAGUCGGAAAUACUGCGCGAGCCAUUACUUAGAUUUGGCAAGCCCAAAAAAUGUAACACAGAACAAUUUGAUUCAAUCAUUCGUGUCACCCGAGGGCGCUUCUUGGAUAGGCAUAUUUAGGCCUAAUUGGACUUGGGUAAAUAAGGAUGUUGGGUCUGGGCUUCCUUGGCGUUAUGGCUAUCCAAAUAAUGUAGAUGGAAAUAACAACUGCGGUUGUCUAAAUAACAGCUUGUUAGAGGAUAAACCAUGCAGCAGACAAUUGUACUUCUUCUGUCACAUCCCAUAUACAGUGAGACAGCAAGUAUUAAAACUGAAGAUUCAAGGAGACAAUAGUGUGUUUGGUCCUGCUUCUCAGGCAGCCAUUUUACAACAGGUCAAGCAGAAACUGAAGGACCACGGCGUAGAGAGAGAGACAAAUGUGACCUGGAGGGUAUGGCCAGAUGGAACAGUCAUUCACAAGAAGAGCAAGAAUGAACUCUAAACUAUCUGCUUACAUACCUCUCACCAUAUAACUUUUAAAUUUUCUAUCAGGUUCUGUUGUGGUGAAAUUUAAUGUCAUAGAAAAAAACCCAGAUUAAAUUCAAUUUGAAUUCAAAUUUA